ACUAAACUAAACCAUUGCUGCUUCAAGCAUUGUCUUUAAGCAGUUCUCAUAACUGGAGCUGAAUUGCUGCCUACUUAUUUGAUUGGUUAGAGUUAGAUUAAAUAGAGUUGAAUAACAUGAAACAAAAUGGCAGAUCUGUAUUGGCUUAAAAUGUGAGAUUAAACGAUUCAUCUCAAGCCCCCUAACAGCUAUAAAUUUGAGCUUUCAUUGACUAGGUUUAACCUAUUUACUCGGUUUAUAACAUAACACAUGACAAUGCCUCUGUGACUAGCCCAGCCCUUUAUGGAAAUGGAUUCCCAGUUUGGCCAUGUGGUGUUAUUGCUAGGCUGGAAAAUUCACUUUCAAAUACAGCCCUGAAAUGUAUGUGUUGUAAUUGUAAGUGUUUCCCUUCUCCCACUAUCAGCUCCACUCGCUCUCCAAUCUCUGUGAUUGUGAUACUGAACAAACAGUUUGCAUGUCUCUCCCCGUCAGCGGCCAGAUAAAACAUGUGCAUGGACACGGGCUACACCUAAAUAGUUGAGUGUCAAAGUUUGCAUGACUACUUUAAUCCGUCCUGAAGUGGUUGAAGCAAACCUGUAAAGUGGACAAGUUAGUAGUUUACUGGAUGAGUUCUUUUAGUGGAUAUAAGGCGAGCUUCAGAGAGAUCACAUGUGUUGAGGCAGUUGUUUGUAUUAUUACUGACCUGUCACUGAUAAUAUGAUAGAAUACAGUUGAGUAUCUCACUGUCAAUCAGUGCUUCAGUGUAGAAAGAGGCACUGAAGAGAUAAAAACAAAAAGUGUGUGUAAAGGGGAUGAUCAGUCAAGGCGCUGGAACUCUCCAGAGUAAGAGGAGAAGCAACUUGGACCUGCUGAACAGAUGCUGAACAGAUAUUCCCGCUGUCUGAUGGGUUUCAUUAUGAAAGUUUCCUUGCUGUUGAUGUCUGCCUUACAGCUGCUCCUGGUUUUCAGUGUAGGAGCCAAGAUAGAAAAAGCGAUGGUUUCACUGGAGGACCAUGGUACUCGCCUCCGAGGGCUCUGGAAGCUGCACAUGAGGGACAUCCUGCUGAAAGAAAAAGCUUCUAAUCCUCGACCAUUCGGAGGAGGGGUCAAACAGCAGCUGCUCUACUGUCGUGUGGGGAUAGGCUACCAUCUCCAGAUUCUAGCCACCGGCUCUAUUGGAGGUGUCCACAAACCCAAUGAGCACUGUUGGCUGAAUGUCUUUGCUAUGAAACAUGGAGUGGUGGGAAUAAGAGGUGUAAAGAGUGGCUUGUACCUCUGUUUGACUGGAGAAGGACUUGCCUAUGCAGCGGAGCAGUUUUCUGACGAAUGCCUGUUGAAGGAGAACCUGGAGGAAAAUCACUUCACCACUUACUCCUCAUGGUCCCAACCAGGAAUCUAUUUGGCUCUUUCCAACAAGGGAGAGCUAAGGAAAGGCAACCGUGUGGGUCGCCACCAGUCCUGCACGCACUUUCUACCUCGAAGGAAAUCAUGAUCAAUGUCCACUAACAGACAGCUUCUGCAGUAUUCAGGCCCGAUUAGGAACUCAAGCAACACACUGGAAAUUGGCCCCCAAACAGCAUCAGGUUCUGCAAGACUGCAACAUGGAAUAACUGAAAAUAGUAACACAUUCAAGAGUGUUACUUGCUAUAUAUAAGGGUAAUGAACAAAGCUCAAAACCUAUGUGGCUCACCUACUCAUCCUGCCACAAGCCAACUUGCUCAACACAUGAAACAGUCUCAGGCUGCCCCAACAAAUAUGCACUGCUUGUGGGGCAACGCAGCACUGUGUUAAUGGUGAUGAUCUGACUCUACAAUCGAACACCGAGAGAAAAUACAAUAAUAUACACGUCAAACACUCAACAGUAGCUGAUGGCACAAAAACAUUGUUCGACCUACAACAUUCUUUUCUGAUGUUUUAAAAAUGGCACAAGCGUGAUACUAAUACUGAAACCAAUCAGAUUUAUUUGUUUGCCCUUAAACCUGCACUAACCAAUACAUUCUUUACAGUGCACUGUAUAGAAUUACUGGUAGGGACGAACCCAGAGAGAAUGAUCACCAAACACCUACAUUAAAACAAGAAUCGUCUGUUUUUUUAUUUUUAUGGAUGUAAUAGAUUUGAUGUGUAUAAUUUGUCUAUGCAGCGUUGCGUUUGUGAAAAAGAAAAUGCCUUUAAAAUGUAAAAACAAAAAUCUAUUGCUUUUAUUUUUAUUUGUGUAGUUUACCUUUUGUUUCAGAACAUAGUACUAACCCAUUUCCACUCUCAACUCUUCCAAUACUUAUAGUUGGUCAAUACCACAAUAAUUUCUGUAACCUGCAAACCUAAAACUAAAUGUUGACAUUUCUGUGUUGGCCGUGGCACAGAGGUAGAGCGAUUACCACUUAGAUCCCAGGUCUCUGGUCCGCAUGUGGUUUGGUCAAGACAAUGAACCCUUAAAGGGUGUUGAAUCGGUGUGUAUAAAUGUUUGAAUGAUGUUUUAUAGUGGACAGCACUUUCAGUGCUUGGAAGAAGGUGGGGAAACAUGAGUCGCCGGUUCAUGUCAGUGUUUUGUAAGUAAAGUUGACAUUAAAUUUUGUAAAGUAAAGUUUUCAUAAACCUAGGACAAAAAAACAUAUGAAAGCAGGAGUUUAUUAGCAAAUGGAACUACAUGGCAGCAACCUCUGGUUCUGAAAAGUGGAGCCAAGGUUAAAGUGGCUUAAAAUUACAUUCUCUCUACGGACCAACAGGGGGCAACUCCAGAGUAUGUACAAGAGAAGUACAAGUACAAGAGAAAAUAACUUCUAUGGAAGUAAAUCUGUCAUCGGGUUUUGAAAGAAAAAGGUGAUUGAAUUUCUAGCACUGAAUAUUGAGGGAUUGAAAUUAUGUAUCUGAAUGUUUUUCAACGUUAAAAUACUGCAAAAAAUGUAACCGCAAAAAAUUCAAGCACAACAUCCGGGCCCUCAAGGAAGAGCAAUCGAUUCUAGAUUCAAGAUCAGGAGCGUGCGUCAAGCAAAAGAAGCGAGCACCCAAUACAACUUCGGCUUGUCGGCCAGCAUGGUGACCGGUGUUACGUGCCUACUGGUUUUUGUACCUACUGGUUUGGCUACGCGUGCGUGUUUGUUUGUUUUGCCCCGACAGCGGCAGAUGUUGUCUGCCUCGGUCACCUGAUUUGUCCCACAUUCGCAAACAUACUGCUGAAAAUGUUUAAAAUGCAUCCCAUAUCCAAUGCAGCGAUUACGAUGGUAUAAGUGAGCACUACAUCACCUCAAGGGCUAGCUGAGCGUGCUCCACGCCCAGGCAGACAACACACAAGGCGUGUGAGUCACUGCCCGUAAUAAAACGGGUGCAAGGGGGGACACACUAGACAAACCGCUCAGCCAUUACUAUGUGGAAAAACUUCGCACGCACUAGAUGAAGGUACAGAUAUGAAUGGUCCUGCCCUUCGGGUUCCUUUAUAGCGCCCUGGUCACGGCGUCGCCCGCCUAUGACGUACCAGCUCGCCAUUGGUUAGAUUUCACACGUGCUUCAUGACGCGGUCACGCAGAGGCGUUCCCACAGCGUUUUCACGCAGCUCGAGUUCCAUGAGAGGGAACCGCAGUAGCGCCGAGUGCGAGAAGUGGUCAGUGGAAGGAUCCUUUUUCAGAGCGGCACAAGCCGAUCUCAGUUAGGUAUUAAGCGGCAUGCAAAGUCCAUGUAACGUUAAAUGAGUAUCUUCAUGACCAUGGGUAAACUUUAUUGAGGAUCUGGCACAACACAGCGACCUGCAAGUAGCGUAGCGUCUUAAAUAAAGGGAUGUACGUCUUAAUGCGAGGCUUUAGAAACUAGAAAAUGCAUUUCCUGCUGAAAAAGUUGAAAGUUGAACAAGUUUUGAGAGGAUUUGAAAAUUUAAUCCAUUGGAAACCAUGUUAAAAAGUUUGAUGUUUUUAAUUUAUAUUAAUUCAAUUAUAAGAGCUAAAAAGCUGAAAAGUCAUAGCAGACCUCUCCUGAAGGAGCUGAACAUUUUAAUAUUUGAACGGUUUAAAUAGCUGAAAGUGUGAAGGAGUUGAAAGGGGGCGCGGAAGAAACAUGCUGAAAUUAUUCUAAAC